AUGAGCCCCAAGGCAAACCACAAGACAAGCGACAAGACGAACCACAAGACGAACCACAAGACGAGCCUCAAGCCAGGCCGCAAAACAAGCGACAAGACAAGGGGCAAGAUGAGCCACAAGAUGAGCCGCAAGAUAAGCCAGCAAAAAGACUACCUACAUGUAGCAAAUGUCAUAUACAACAUCAUCUUUACAUCCUUCAUGACUUCUCUAAUUACUGCAUUCUGCCCCUCAGGCCUGGGUUCUCAUACAAGCAUUCGAGCGAAGUUCAUGAGCGCCCAGGCCUGCCCUCAUUGUAAUCAGGGGUUCCAGCCUGUUGAGUCCAUUGAUCUCACUGCUCCCGACGAUGACAGUACCGAAGAGUUACCAACAUCCCCCCCUCCUCCUCCUCCUCCUCCUCGUCCCCCAAUACGUCGCAGAACCCGCGGGGUACUCUCAUCAACAACGAUCCCCUCAAGACGUUCAGGCUCAAUGCCAGCUGGCUAUGAACGGUCCACGCUCUCAGCUAUACAAGGUCGCCAAGAGAGCAUCGCACAUACACGACGCAAUGACCCAAUGGUUGUUGCCAUCCAAGCUUCCUUUUGGGUUGCUAGUGGAAUAUACGAAAUGGUCGGCGAUGUGAAGACCGUUGAGUAUCGCAGCCCUCCGAGAAGCGCUUGUAAGACAAUGGGCAAUGUUGCAUUCGCUCUCUACCGCACAUUUUCGUGUCACAACGCAAUGAUCCGGUAUAUCAUUGAGCAGCUAGAUCCAGCGCAGCUUGGCAAGCCAUGGGAAGUUGUUCACAACGUUGAGAGGAGCGGAAGCUCGGCUGGUCCUGCAAGGCUGCCCGAAAAGGCAUACUCCUCUACCAGGCUGUAUGACCUCUUGUCGCAGAUUUCUUCCGACUUUGAAAGGGAACUUAGGGGUAGUAAGGUAACUCUGAACUUCUGGUGCUUCUUCGAGCUUGACCCUCUGGAAAUGCCACCAACGAAGUCAAGGGGCAAGAGGAACUGGGAGUAUGCAACUGAUGCCGACUCAGAGCCAUGGACACCAAGCCCCAAAAAGAAGAAGUUUACUCCGCGCAAAAAGUCUGUACGCCUCCCAGCAGUCAAAGAGGAGCCCGGUUCUGGUAGUAUUGUUGUGAAAUUGGAGGGAAUCAAAGCGGAGCCAGGCACGCUGGGGAAGACAGCUGUCAAAGAGGAGGACAAGGAGAUUGAUGUUUUCUCUGAUGCUGAAAGGGAAGCAGCAGCAUUAUUUGCUGAGAUUGGUGUCUCUGAGAAUGAAGAGGAAAGGGUGGAACAAAGCCUAACAAAGAGACAGUCCGGUCGCGUGCCAAGGAAGUCAUGGAAGGUACAGCAAGAGCCUUAG